UAGAAAGAAGUGAUUGCCAGCCGAUUGCAUCUUUCUAGUGAAUAGUCUCAACGGUGAUAGUGGAGGCUAGAUCCUGGCGGGUAUUGUUGUGUGGCUCCCUAUACGAUUGGAGCAAGACAAUCCGACUGCAAGGAGGUAGGGGAGACAGAACACAUCCAGCAGGAAAGGCUGUCCCACCCGUUGUUAACUGCAUCAAAGCAGAGUGCAGAGAAAGGAAAGGAGGGGGACAGAGAGACAGGAAGUAAAUUCCAGAAAAAGGGGAUGGCACAGCAAGGGCUUGUCUCUCCUGAUGUUGUGGCCCAGGAACGUGUCAGUGGAGCUAGAGGUCCCAGCUGGCGUUCCUGCGAGGUCUUGGAUUUGUUGGACAUUUGGGGGGAAUCAGAGGUACAAGGACAACUCCGAAGUAGCCACCGCAAUAUUGACACCUUUGAAAACAUCGCUAAGCAGAUGGCGAGCAGAGGGCACUUCCGGACAGCCAAGGAGUGCAGAAACAAGACCAAGGUCAUGAGAGGGGAGUAUCGCAGGGUCGUCGCCCACAAUUCAAAAUCGGGAAACAGUAGAACCACUUGCCCCUAUUAUGAGCAACUGCACCGAAUUCUGAGAGGGGAUGCUAGCGUAACGCCACUACGAGUGUCCAGGAGUCUUCAUGUUCGUAAGCACAAUGACGCUCUGCAGCCUGCAUCGUCACCCAAGAAUGUAACAACAGCAACAGCUUCGCCUGCACCAGUCUGUCCAGAGUCAUCGCGGCUAAAUGAAAUGACAACAGUCAAUUUAAGUGACCUCGAGGAAUGUGGUCUCUCGCAGACAGAAACAGCACCAAAUGAAGAUCCUGGACAUGUACAUAGAGAUGAAGACGUGUGCGCUCGGCAAGCAGGUUUGGAAGCGGGUGCGGCUCAACCAGAACAUGAGGAUGCAGAAGACGCACGUGGAAAUGUUGACCCAGCCAUACACAACCAAACAGCGACCCUGUCACCACAAGUUCGUCUUGCAGAACUAAGGCGAAGGAAGCCAAAAGGAACCCGAACAGACAUGCUCCUCAUGUCCAUACUGGAAGAGGCAAAAGAGGACUCUCGUCGGAGAGAGAGAGCGGCAGCAACAGAAUACGAGGACUUCAUGAUGCUAAUGAGGGAAAAGAAUGACCUUUUCCGUCAUCGACUUUCCAAUGUGGACGAUAGAGCUGCUCAGAGCAUGCUGGACAGAAACAUGUACUUAGAGAGAAUGGAUGGAAUCCUCUCGACAGUAAGUGCCGUUGCGUCUAGUCUGCAAACAUUGACCCGCACUUACCGGGAACAAAACAAUACUGUUGCAAGCGGUGGCAAUGUAAGUGCGAAUGCGGGGAGAAACAUCACACAAACCACAAGUGGGCCACUGCAGCAGCUUACAAAGGAGGACACUCUCUGCUCAGAUGUGCAGCGCCAGCAUUUCAGGCAGUUCUGCUACCAGGAGGCUGAGGGCCCCCGAGAAGUUUGCAACCGACUCCACAAUUUCUGCUGUCAGUGGCUGAAGCCAGAGCACCACACAAAGAAUGAGAUCUUGGACCUGGUGAUCCUGGAGCAGUUCCUGGCUGUCCUUCCACCGGAGAUGGAGAACUGGGUGAGGGAAUGUGGGGCGGAGACCACUUCCCAGGCAGUGGCCCUGGCUGAAGGUUUCCUCCUGAGCCGGGCAGAGGAGAAGAAGCAGGCAGAGCAGCAGGUAAAUGGUUUCUCAGCUGAAGUGGUCACUGAUUUCCUGGAGUCACAGGAGGCUUUAUCUGAGGCCAGAGAGACUCCCCUGCAAAAGAGGAGCAUUUGGGAGAGUGAUGGACUUGCCACUUUGCUGGAGGGUGAAAUGAUGCCGGCAAGACCUCCUCAGCCAUCUGAACUUCGUGAUGGAGGGGAAGCAGCUGUUGUGAAUCCGGAUCAGCGUCCCGUGCCCUUUGAGGAGGUGGCUGUGUAUUUCACGGAGGAGGAGUGGGCUUUGCUGGAUCCUGACCAGAGGGCGCUGCAUAGGGAAGUCAUGGAGGAGAAUUUUCGGAUCAUCACCUCUCUCGGUCAUAAAUGGGAAAUGGAGAUUCAGGGAGAACUACACAAGCUGUUCCCAGAAAGAGCCACGUGUAUAAAGAGGGAGCUGAAAAAAAGGAGAACUGAAGAAGACAACAGGAAAGAAAGAAAUACAUGCUGUGUGUGUCAGAGAAAUUUCAGUUCUAAAUCAACACUGAAAGCUCAUUACAAAAUCCACAAAGGAGAGAAACUAUACAAAUGCUUAGACUGUGGAACGAACUUUUGUCAAAAUUCUGUCCUUAUUUCCCAUCGAAGGACCCAUACGGAGAAGAAACCAUAUAAAUGCUUGGAGCAUGGAAAGAGCUUCUGUCAGAAGAUACAUCUCGCUACUUAUCACAGAAUUCACACAGGGAAGAAACCAUUUAAAUGCUUGGAAUGUGGAAAGACUUUUACUAGAAGUACAAGUCUCACUAUUCAUCAAAGAAUUCACAGAGGGGAGAAACCAUAUAAAUGCUUGGAGCGUGGAAAGAGCUUCUGUCGGAAGGCACAUCUCACUAUUCAUCAAAGAAUUCACACAGGAGAGAAACCAUUUAAAUGUUUAGAGUGUGGAAAUAGCUUUUGUCACAGUUCUAACGUAAUUUCCCAUCAAAAGAGCCAUACAGGAGAGAAACCAUAUAAAUGCACUGAAUGCGGAAAGAGCUUUUGUCGGAAGAAUAAUCUCGCUGCUCAUGAAAGAAUACACACAGGGGAGAAACCAUUUAAAUGCUUGGAGUGUGGAAAGCACCUCAGUUCCAAAAAAGAUUAAUUUCUCAUCAAAGGAUUCACAUACGGGUGAACUCAUAAAAUGCUUGGAGUAUGGGAAGAGCUUCAGUAAUAAGAUACAUCUCAUCAAAGGAUUCAGGGAACUGAGGAAACUAAAAGUGGUUAGAAUAUGGAGUGCUAUUCUGUUACAGCUAUUUCAGAUUGGAGCUCAGAUGGUGAGAGGGGGCUGCGGAGCUUCUGCUUUGGCUUUGUUGAAAGGCCAGCAAUGUUUGAUUCCUCCUUUCCUUAAACUGGGCUGGUUUUUCACCACCUCCCAAUCGUUUUUCUUUUUGUGCUGUGUCUUUUUGAUUGCAAGUCUGAGAACAGGAACGAUCUUAUUACUGAUACAGUAUUUGUAAGCCAGUCUACGAGAUUUUUUUGUCUGAAUAGCAGGUUAAAAAUGCUUCAAGUAAAUAAAAUGUUUAUUCUCAUUCGA